AUGUUCUCGCGUGCGGCGUUCCGCGCUGGCCGGGUGGCUGCAGCCAGCGGCGGCCUGCGGACGGCUGCCACGGCGUCGGCAAUGCCCCUGCGUGCUGCUUCGGCGAUGCCCUCUGCUUUCGCCAAGACGACGUCUGUUGCCGCCCGGAGGACAGUCACGACCGAUGCGGCGUCUGCUCACGUCGACAAGAGCGCCGUCCCCCAGUCCGACGACGAGGUGUUUUCCGUCAACCUGAGCGACGAGAGCUUCGAGACCUACGAGCUUGACCCCCCGCCGUACACGCUGGACGUCACCAAGAAGGAGCUGAAGAAGAUGUACUACGACAUGGUUGUCAUCCGCCAGAUGGAGAUGGCCGCCGACCGCCUGUACAAGGAGAAGAAGAUUCGCGGUUUCUGCCAUCUGUCCACGGGCCAGGAGGCGGUCGCUGUCGGUAUUGAGAACGCCAUUACCCGCGAGGACGAUGUCAUCACGUCGUACCGCUGCCACGGUUUCGCGUACAUGCGCGGCAGCAAGGUUCGCCAGGUGAUUGGCGAGCUGCUGGGCCGCCAGGGCGGCAUCUCGUACGGCCGCGGCGGUUCGAUGCACAUGUUCGAGAAGGGCUUCUACGGCGGCAACGGUAUCGUCGGCGCGCAGGUGCCUGUCGGUGCCGGCCUGGCGUUUGCGCACAAGUACCAGGACAAGAAAAAUGUCUCCGUGGUCCUGUACGGUGACGGUGCCAGCAACCAGGGCCAGGUCUUUGAGGCGUUCAACAUGGCCAAGCUGUGGAAGCUGCCUGCCCUGUUCGGCUGCGAGAACAACAAGUACGGCAUGGGUACCUCCGCCUCGCGCUCGUCGGCGCUGACCGACUACUACAAGCGUGGCCAGUACAUCCCUGGCCUCAAGGUCAACGGCAUGGACAUCCUUGCCGUCAAGGCCGCCGUCCAGUACGGCAAGGAGUGGGCCCAGAACGACAACGGCCCGCUGGUCCUGGAGUACGUCACCUACCGCUACGGUGGUCACUCCAUGUCGGACCCCGGCACCACCUACCGCACGCGCGAGGAGAUUCAGCGCAUGCGCUCGACCAACGACCCCAUUGCCGGCCUGAAGCAGAAGAUUCUCGACUGGGGCGUCGUCAACGAGGAGGAGCUCAAGGCCAUUGACAAGGAGGCCCGCGGCUACGUCAACGAGGAGGUCGCCGCCGCCGAGCAGAUGGAGCUGCCCGUUGCCAACCUCGACGUGUUGUUCAACGACAUCUACGUCAAGGGCAGCGAGCCCAGCUUCAUCCGUGGCCGCACCGCCGACGAGAUCCGCUACUUUGAUUAA